AAUAUCAGGGUAAAAAGAUGUGGCUGAGAAGACGGAGCACCUCCCAUCUACAGCGUGGUUCAGAAAACAAACACAGGGUUUUCGCCUGUGGGAGCGGCGUGCUUCCAGGGAGUUUCCGACCAAUAAUGCAUGCAUGCACUGUCUCAGGAGUCAGGAGUGACCCGUCCCACAGUGCAACCUCAUCAUUCAUCAAAGCGGCCAGAUCUCAAGAACGAGUUAGGGGCACCUCCAUCUCAUUCUCACCCGUCAGCACCAUUGCUCUUGCUCCACCAAAAGCCACCAACCAUGGCGCUUGUGUAGCCGUCCCACGCUUGCUCGUCUCGUCCCGCUCCCAGCAAGCACGCCGCAGGGGCGGCGCGCAGACCUAGCUAGCAUUUGGAUUUUGGAGGCGGUCGCUGCCUGAAGUGAAGAGCCUGCCGGUGCAUCUUGGGGAUCUUUUCAGGGAGCUCCUUGGCGUUGGAUCUGACGGCGAGGGUGCCUUCCUCAGCUAUGCUCUGCUUGGCUGUAGUAUACAGGUUUUCUUCCUAGAGGAUCCAUACAUUGAGAGCCAACCAUGGUGAUGGAGGUGGUAACCGGUGUCAUGGGAAGACUACUUCCCAAGCUGGUCGAGCUGGUCGCGGGUGAGUACAAGCUACAGAAGGGCGUCAAGGAAGACAUUGAGUCCCUCAAGAAAGAGAUGGAGAGCAUUCACAUUGCCCUUAAAGAGGUGGCCGAGGUACCACGGGACCGGCUUAAUCCGCAGUUCAAGAAAUGGGCAGAUGAACUGAGGGAGCUGUCGUACGACAUGGAGGAUGUCGUUGACAACUUUCUGCUGUACGUCGAGGGAUCUGAUCCAGCAGCCAACUCGAACAAGCUCAAAUGCCUAAUGGAGAUGAUGACCGGCUAUUUCACCAAAGCCAGCGGCCGCCAUCAGAUCGCCAAUGACAUUAAGGCUCUCAAGAAACUUGCCGAAGAGGUGGCUGCCCGCCGUGCCAGAUGCCAAGUCGGCGGUGUUGUUGUCAAUCCAGCUAACAAAUCCAAGGUUGACCCUCGUAUGCUGGCUUUGUACAAGGACCAGCAAGAGCUCGUCGGCAUUGAAGCCGCUCGGAUUGAGCUAACCAAGAGGCUGGCACUUGGUGAUGGGGAUGUGUCAAAUCAGCAGCUCAAGAUAGUCUCUAUUGUCGGACCUGGUGGACUCGGCAAGACAACUCUUGCCAAGGCAGUGUACGAUAGUCUUCAAACGCAAUAUGUUCACAAAGCUUUUGUUCCGGUGGGUCGAAAUCCUGAAGUGAGCAAAGUUCUCAAGGACAUCCUCUUGGAACUGCGCGUGCGUAAGAGCGAUGUAGCCACACUUCAGGGUGGACGCGGUCCGGUCCGGUCCGGGCUUUGACCGAGCCAGCCUUUGGACCGGCCGCGGCCGGUCCGGUCCGGACCGGACCGAGGUGGCCAGCGAGCCAAAUUUCCAGGACCGGACCGAGAGGAGCAAAGCUCGGUCAGCCCGACUGGACCGAACGGGACCGAUGGCUGGGACUCGGUUUAACAGCCUGGGAGUGCUUUGUUGGCCACUGUUUAGGCUGUUUGGACGUAUUUAGACUGUAGCUGUCCUUGUGAGUGCUUUAUUAAGCGUUUUGGCCAUUAUUUAGCAGUGCCCUGUUGCGCUUUUUGGCCACAAUUUAGGCUGUCCAAAUUUAGUGAGUGCUCUGUUUCUUAUAAUGACUAGUAUGUCAUAACUAAAUUUGAACAGCAUUUUAUUUGUA